AUGACCCACGGCCCGGAUAAAAACAUUCAUGGGAGGACUGCACAACACGCAUCCGCUCGACGAGAACGGUCGCGUAUAGUAUCUCAGGUCACUGAUAGAGUAGCUGUUCCAUCUGAUUCACUUACAGCAUCUCAUACACCCGCCUCAGUCAUACCUUCUCCAUCACCCGCUUCAGCUAGGCCUGCUCCUUCACCUGUCAGAGCAUCACCAUUUCCUGCCCCCUCUACAACUGAACUACGGAGGCCUCGGGACGAUCCCGAGGGUUCCUCACAGAUGCCACCACCCCGCAGACGUCGUCGUGGCACUACUUCUACUUCUACUCUGGAUGCAGGAUCUGAUGUGCCACCUACACAGGGCCACGAAGAUGAUCCGGUACCGGGGCCUAUUUGGUACCCUGGGGGUUCUGUAGACGCAUCUCUUUUGACAAGGGAUCCCCAAAGGUUCUACAACCAUGGGCGGAAGAUUAAAGACCUCGCACAGCCUAACGAGCCAUGGUUUCAGGAGGUACUGGAAGCUUCAGGCAUGAGGGACCUCUGCAUGCUCGGCUACGAUACCAUACUUAAUGGUAUGCUUGCGGCCUUUGCAGAGAGAUGGCAUCCUAAGAUAUUGAUCAGUGCAUUUUGA